AUGCCGAAUGAUACAAGAUAUUAUUACGAUGUGAUAAACAGCAAGUGGUGGUACUUUGAUACCCUCGCUGGGGGGUGGAAAGAAUGCGAAGAAGUAGCAACAGAGGAGGCAGAAGAAGAGGUAACUGCAGAAAGUUCCCAAGUUUGUGAGGAAAGGAAAACCCAUAAAUAUCAGGGUUACAAAAAUGUGGAAAAGUGGAACGAACGAAAUUAUAGGAAUAAUUCCCAACAUGUUAUGAACGGAAAAGUCGAAACAAAAAAAGGAAAAAGGUUGGAAAAUAGACUCCAUAAUUAUUCAUAUACAUAUACACCAAGAAAAACCUCAAAACCGAGUUCGGAGAGCUCCAAUUCGGCCAGCAACACAGAACAUUACUCCUUUAAGAGCAACAUAAAACAACAUAAACGUGGGAAUCUGAUAGAGCAGGAUGAGACGUAUGAAGACUCGUAUGAAGAUAAUGUACAAGGAAAAUACCCAAAUUGUGAUGCGGAGGAAAACAGCUAUGAUGAAAGUGGUGGUCAGUACGAUGAAAGCGGUGGUCAGUACGAUGAAAGUGGUGGUCAGUACGAUGAAAGUGGUGGUCAGUACGAUGAAAGCGGUGGUCAGUACGAUGAAAGCGGUGGUCAGUAUGGUGAAAAGGGCGGAGAAGACGAAGAGAAAUGGGGGUAUUAUGACGAAUAUGGAGGCUACUAUGAUGAGUAUGGGGGAUACUACGAUGAGAAUGGUGGGUAUUACGAUAAGAACGGUUUAUAUUAUGAUGGAAGUGGAGACCAUUAUGAUGAGAGCGGAGUCUACAAAGGAGAAAAUGAAAUGUACUAUGGUGAUAGCGGAAUUUGCUACGACGAAAAUGGCCAUCUUUACGAUGGAAGUGAAGAACAAUAUGAUACCAACGGCGACUAUCACAACGAUAAAGGGUGUCAUCACGAUGAUAACGAUAAACACUACUACGAAGAUUGUAGCGAAAAUGAAAAGGUAAUUACUCACAAGGAGGAGAGAGGGGGAUGGUAUGAAAAAGGGGAAAGAAUAAAUGUCCAUAAUUAUGACGAUAAGGUAAGCAAAGAUUGUGCAGUAAGUUAUUUACAUCAUCCAGGUAAAACAAGAAAAUUGAAGAAGUCGAGUGAAAGCAGCAAUGUUGACCACGGGGGGGGUAACAGAAAUGAUGGCCAUGGCAGGAACAAAAGUGACAAGAAAUCGGAGCAAAGAUGCAACUCCUCAGACAAAGAAAGGAGCAGUUACGAUCAUUUAAUGAAUGACAUGGAGGAAGAAAAAAAAAAAAAAAAUUCAUUCCAUUCAAUGUCUUCGAGUGAUUCAGAAAAUUCUGAUAAAUUAAGCGAGAGAAUUAACAGCUUACUAAAUCAAUCCAGUAGCAACUUGUCCAUACUUUGUAAAAAGGAUAGUUCGACAAUUUUGGGAAACUUGCUAAGUCGCAGCUUCACCAGAUCUGACCAUCUUAAUUCUAUCAAUACUAUUGAAAGGGCAAGUGAAGAUGGAAAGGAUGAAAAUAAAAUAGCGAACAAACUGAUUAGGAGAAAGACCAAAGUAAAUUUCGAUGAAAUGCUUAGGGCUGAAAAUAAUGGUAGUAAGGAGCAGAUGGGUAAGGGUGGCGAACUGGGCCAUGAGUUGGUGAACAAUACGGGGCACACCGUCGACCGUAACGACAAGGAUACUGACGCCGAAACGAAAUAUGUGCCCUUCGUAAGGAGGGCGACGAGAAAACUCACAUUUAAGAGUCAGGGAGGACUAGCAGGGUGUCUAAAAGUUUUUCAAGAAAAGAAAAAAGAGUUAAUGUCUUCUACAGCCAGUGAUGUAAGCGACAUGGAAAUUAAAAUUGCAAAUCUUAAAAGGAGGGCCAGGGAGCUGGCCCAAAGAUACAAAACCAAAAAUCAAACCACGGAGGAUCAAAUAAAAAGUGAUCAAAUUAAGACAAAAUUUGAAGAAUUAGUUUUUCUCGUACAACAACAAAAGAAGCAAUCCCAUGAGAAGGGGAAAGACCUCAAAUGA